AUGAUGCAGAACUGGUUUUCCGGAGGCGCCGGCGACAAUGAAAAAUCCCUUCAGACGACGCCGUUUUCCUCGUCCCCUUCCCUGCUCGCCGAUUGGAACUCGUACUCAGCCGCCAGAUCUUCCGAGGAGAGUAGCAGCGCCGCCUCCUUCGCCGGUGUGUUCGACAUCGAAUCAGCUGUUAGGUCCGCAAACGACACCGUAUCAGGCACCUUCAAUGUGUCUCAGGUAGAUGAUGAGCAAUGGGAAUUUGUUUGA